AGCGAUCUCAAUAUGGCUUCCGCCACUGCCAGCAAACGACAGUACCUCCGAAGGUGACAUAGAAACAUGGUGGAAUAUUUAAGGGUGCGCGAAUCGUCGCGCGUGUGAAAAUCGCUGGCGUGUCCUUGUCGUAACUCGCAUCAUCAGAGUUAAUUCGUGCGUCGAGGAAAUAGCGUGUAUGUUCAAAAAACAAAACAUUACCGGAGGAACGAGAGAGAAGGAGAGACACACUGUGUUCUGUCUCGAUAGAGUGAGACGAACUGCACGCACGGGCCUCUGGUUGGAGAAAGAUAGAGUGACAGUGUGAUACAUCGGUUCGUUACGCUAGAGGUUUCUGACACGAAUGUGUAUCGGUUGAAAAAGCACGGAAUUCCGCGAGCUCGGUCGUGCUCGAGACGCGGUUUGACGCGGUGACGCGAAUGUUGUAAUCGAGGAAAAAAAGGGAAUAUCAAAUCUUUGAGAGCGCGGUGCACUCGACACAUACGUCGAAAGCGUGGCUCUGCCGGUGUAUGUUACGUCCCGUACACGCCGUAUCGUCCCGUCUCCGUGUGUACGUGCGAUCUUUCGGUGUUGAACGUUGAAAGAAGAUAGACAGACGGGUGGACGAGCGUGGAAGAAUGAGAAAAAGAGUGGAGAGGCACAGGGUGUACAUCGACGGGCAGCACGACGACGUAACAGAGAGAAGAAGAGGCAAAAGAGCGAGCGAGUGAGCCAGGCGACGUUGCCAGAGUUUUCCUUCUCGCGUUCCCUACCGUACAGCACGUCCCUUCGUGUGCUACGAGGAAGACCGAAACGGAGAAUAAUGUGACAAGGAGCGAGAGAAAAGUAGUGCGAGGAGCUAGCGCAGAGACACGAGUGCGACAGAGACAAGGGGGGAGGGUAUUACACCGAGUAGCGUGAGUCGCGCGAAAACGAUCUAGGGAAUUUUUACGUUCGAUCGUCGGAUUUGUCGAUUUCGCACCCAAGUUCCGUUCGUCGCCUCUGGACGCGAUUCGUGAAUACCACGAGACGACUCCCAAUGACGUACACACGAAACACGUGACACGCCGAGUUAGGCCGAUCGACAAGCCAUGAAGAAGCCACGCGUGGACCGGGACCGGCUUCGGGAGCGGGAACGACAAGCCCGCGCGGCGAUGUCGGUCCAGGCCGAACAAGCGGCUGCUGGAGGUGGUCCUGACACCAGACACCAUCACCAUGGCCACCACAACCACGCUCACCGUCAUGCUAAUCCACACGUUGUCACCGCUCCGCUCUUCCAUGCUCCUGUCAGGGUGAGUCCAGACGCUCGAGACAGUACAACGCAGCAAAUUCAAUCGAAACUAGGCAACUAUUCUCUGGUAAAGCAUCUUCUGGACGAGCCGAAACGGCUGAUCGGCAUCGAGGGUGUACCGCCGAGCCCUGCUCCGCCCUCGACCGUGUACAUUCGGCUGAGUUCCGGUUCGAUCGGCGCAAAUUCCAGGAACUCGCCCUCCUCUCAGGAAUUCAAGAAACCCGGAGGACCGAGAACCGAUGCUGGUGGUUCGUCCUCGUUGAUUUUGUCGUCGUCCUUGUCGUCGAGUCAUCAACGCGGCGGUUUCGUGAAACCGGCCGAUGGAAAGCCACCGUACGGAGGUCGAGGUAGCUACCCCGGUCAACCGGUAAAGCACGGAAGCAAUAGCAACGAUCAUCGGAGCCACGGUUUAUUACCCGCCAAAGGGCCGCCCACGAAUUCACCCGGGAACGGCACGCUCUUUGGCAAUUCAAAUAUCGGGAAUUCCAGCGGCACCAGGCUUCACGUUAUCAGCAGCAGACUGACCAGGAUACCUAUCGAUAUCGGAACAAGUUCGAGGCCUGGUCCAGCCGAGAAUUCCGCGGAUGUAGAGAAUAUUUUAAAGGAAAUGUCCAUGCCGCCCACGCCUCUGACGGCUAUCGCCCAGACGCCGAGAAAGGAGCCGGAGUCCAAGUUCACGUUCAAUCCUGUGCUAGUAAAGUUGACCGAGGUGACGCCGCAGGAAGCCACGAAGCCUCAGCGUGAGAGACACACCGCCAUCAGACUAUCGGCGGAUUUGGAGCGGGACUUGAGUUUAUCCGAGGACAGCGAAGAUGAGACAAGCAAGGAAACGUCAUCGCGAACGACAAGGGGAAACAGAAGCCCAGACCUCACGGUCGAUUUAUCAGCACCCCUAAUACCAGCGAUGACACCGGCCCCGCCACCUCUGGCACCCAUGUCACCCAUGGGUCCGUCACCGGUGGGUCCUCUAUCACCCACAAGGCAACUGAGUCCGAUCAGACCUCCGUCACCGCCGAAACAAUUGACUCCCGAACAAGUGCUCUCACCUCCGCCGGUGAGCCCGUUGCAAUCGAAAGGUACUCCAAGUCCAACGACGCAUCAAAGGCCACCCAGUCCUUCCGUUCAGGCUCCACAAAGUUCGCCAGGUAGCGCCAGUUCAAGCUCUGAUUCCGGCUCUGAUUCCGGAUCUGACAGCAGCGACGAUUCUGAGGAUGAAGCCGACACCCAGCCUACCAAAGGCCCUUCCACUCCUCCAUCGGUAUCACCAAAGAACGAAAAUUUGAUCGAAGAACCGCCGCCUGCGAUCGAGGAAUCUAAACCGAGGUGGAACCUCAGUUCGUUCUUCAAUAAGACCAACAUGUCUCACGGGGAACAAAAUUCGGAAAACAAGCAAGCUCAGGAUUGCAAUAGGCGAGAAGGUUCUCCGGCGGCGACGACGGACACUAGAACGCACAGGGAAAAGGCAGCUCAUGAUUGGCAGCUGGACGAGGCCCUGAAGAGUACCCGCAACGCCGCGAUGAUCAGCGUGCUGGACAGUGACAGUGAUCGUCCCUCGGAUCAGGAGAAAGGUCAGCCAGCGGAGGAAAAUCGGGCUCAGCCAGAGAAAUCAAAGGUGGUGGACAACAGGAAACCAGGUCGACCUCCGGGUCGUCCCAGAAAGCUCACCAACAAGAAUACAAAAGCUGGUCAUCGGACGCCAGAAGAAAAUCUGAAAAAUGGCAAACCUCGCAGCAGAGUGAGAGGAGCGGGUAGCCCCAAGAAGAAGGCGCCUCUUUCAAAAGCCACCAUAACGACCAGUGAUGAUGGAAGCGAUGACAGAUCACAGGGAGCCUCUAGCGACUCGGAUAGCGAUCGACCGACCAGGGUGUCACCCGUAGUAGUCCCUAUAAGCGAAAAGAGAAGAUCCAAGUUGAGCGCGUCUUCCAGCGAAGACGAACGUCCGCCAAAUAGAAAAAACAACAGUGCCUCUGAGGAUGAUAAUGCACGCUGGAGAAGAAUGCCUAUCAAAAGGAGUAAACUGGCAGAUUCGCCAAAGAAACAGGAGAAGAGAAAGAGUCCCGCGAAGGCUAAACCUAGAAGGUCCAAUUCACGGGUGACCAACGUCGUCGGCGGGUCCGAUUCUGAUAGCGAGUCUGAAUUGUCCGUGAGAAACCGUAUUCAGGUUGCCAGAGUACCUCCAAGGCCAAGGGCACCGCCAACUAGAGCUACUUCUCCAGAAAAUUCAGACAGCGAUAACAGCCCAGGUCCGAAGUUACAGGAAGAGGACGCGGGUAACGUACAGGACAAAAAGAAAAGCGACACUCUUCGGAAAGUAUUUUCAUCCUCUAUGGGAGGAGGAAAGGUCGGAGGUAAAGGAGGGAAAGGCGGUAAAGGCGGUGGAAAAUGUGGCAUCUACGUGGAGGAAUAUACCUCUGCGAAUACACCGACAGGAGGAGACAGUCCGUACAAGCGACCGUCAUCACAGGCAUCCAAUUUGAUUCAGUCUUUCCCACAGCUCACCUACGUGAAUGGUGUGCCAAGUUUGCUCUGCAGGAUCGACCUGAGCAAACUUCCGCAUAUAUCGCAAUUGUCGAGGGGUAAAGAGUUGAGACAACGCACGGAACUUCCGGACACGAGGCCAUCGUCGAGACAAGCCUCGACGCUGACUUUACAGGCCCCUCGACCGCCUACGCCGGAGGAAGGGGAGAUUGUCGAUACGCCACCGCCUCAACAACUAGCCUCCGACACGAGGAUUCACGGUGACGCAUUGUUGGUCGACGGUGACCUUAAGAAUCGCGCUGUGAUCAAGGGCGAACUUAUAUCGGACACGAAGAGUAAUUGCGGCAUCGGUCUCGGGGCUGGUGUCGGCUGUGCAGGUGCUAGUGGAUGUGGUAGUGGUGCGGGUAGCCUGCCCAAGAGCAAACGUAGUCCGAGUUGUAGUUCAGUGUCCAGUUUCGGUACUGUGUGUUCCGCGGAGACUAAGACGAAAGAGUCGGGUGAAAACAAAGAGCGAAGAAAGAGAAAAAGGAAAUAUUCUGAUGCCGGGUCAGUUACACCUAGGCCAUCUUCAAGUCAGCAAAGUGAAAUACAACCAACGAAUCACGAACGGGAAGAGAAACUUGAUACCAGUUUAUUACCGCCACCACCUCCGCCUCAGCGAGUGUAUUAUUCCUACUUUAAUCCUCAAAAUGAAGUUUUGGAGGAUCAGGAUAGGUGGGACCAGAAUCAGUACCUGAUGGAAGCGAAGCGGCUAAAACAUAGCGCUGACAAGGAAUGCGAACUCACGGCGCAGGGUAUGCUUUACCUAGAAGCUGUUCUCUGUUUCCUGCUCACUGGAAACGCCAUGGAGGCGGAUUCUGUCACGGAGAGGGCAUCGUUCACCAUGUACAAGGAUACACUUAGUCUUAUCAAUUACUUCCGUUUUCCGCUUGCUCUACUUAGAUACAUCUCAUCUAAGUUCAAGAGUCAGCAGAACAACUCAACAGAGAGUUAUAUACAUAACAAGCUGGCCAUUCUAAGUCUCUUUUGUCAAUCCCUCAUAUAUUUGAAGCUAUACAGAUUGCGCAAAUACGAAAUCAAAGAGUCCCAAAAAAUUCUGAACGAGUACUAUCAAAAGGUUGCUCAGACAACACCGGUACAAGUAGAAGGACAAGGGACGCCAUCUUUAUCCCCAACACCAUCACCAGCUGGUUCUGUGGGUUCUGUUGGUAGUCAGAGUUCCGGAUAUAGCAGCGGCGAACUAGCAAAUCGGGGAGCUGCUUCGGGUCAACCGCAGGCAGCUCCGUCGUACGUUAGUGUUCCAUAUAUUGUUUAUAACGCUAUGAAUAAGCAAAAUUACCAAUUUAACCUGCUACUGAACUGUCUCGAACUGUGGGACCAAGCAAACGCUUUGGUGACAGAUAUGAAUAGAGAUUUCUUCAUUGAGCUGGAUGAAAGAUUGGGACCCCUAACAUUGAAAAGUUCAUUGCGCGAUCUGGUGCGCUACGUUCAAGCCGGUAUAAAGAAGCUUCGAGAUCUCUGACCACAGUGGCAUAGCCCCAGACCCCCCACCCCUAAUUAUAUUACUUCUCUCCCACAAAACAUGGCCACGUACCCAACGAUGUACACGUAAAGAUAUGUAAAACGAUCUUUGUGGACUUGGAAGACGUACGGAAGAUCGGCAAUCGUGCGAUUAUAGUAACGUAACGCGCGUUGAGAAAAUCGUGGAGCAAGAAAAAAAAAAAAGAAAACAAAACAACGGGAGACGUCGAGUAUAUUCUCAAUGAUUAAGGACUAUUCUGGUGGGGAGCAAGAAUCGAAGGUGGUCUGGGGAGCAACGAAGAGACUGUUGUAUUCGAUAUAAUUAUAUUCGAAAGCUCUAAUCACUACGUUUCUUCGUUCGGGGGUUUGUGAAUGGGCGCCUGGCAUUUUUUAAAACUUCUAGCACCAAUUUUAUAGUCAAUUCAGAGUUAUUCGUCUAACAGUGAAGGAAGUUAAAAGAAGAAUGAUCAGUACCGAUUCGUGAUCGGUCAUAGAGGGAGCCUUUGUAUCCUGUGUAUAGCACGCGUUACUUAUUUUCGAGAUGAAAAUGGACUGGAAAUGUAAAAUCGGAGGAGAAAGUGAUCGAAACGAAGCAAUAGAAGAAACAUACGUUCGAAAAAAACGAAGAAAGAAACGAGGGCAAAAUACUGGUCCUUAUUUUUUUCGGACUAAAUCAAUUUUGUAAGUUAACAGAUGAGGUCGACAAACAAAAGGAAAAGAAGAAAAUGAACUGCGAAGGAAAGAAAUGACGGAGAAGGAAUAAGAAGUGCCACAGAAGCGCCCGUGUGUUCUCGCUUUACGGUGCGCCGUAGCCGACGUUACCUGAAGCAUGAGUUUCGUCCUGGCGAUUCGAAUGCGACGAAUACACAAGGAUAUAUAUAUAUAUGCAUAUAGUUUAUUACCUAUAUAAAUAUAUAGAUAACUAUAAAUAUAUAGAUACGAAUAUAUUUAAUGAAAAGAGAACCAUCGCGUCACGCACGUCAGUGUUCCGUUUUUUAGUAAAUAAAAAGGAAACAAGAACAAAAGAAUAUGGCGAUCGUGAGAUCCAUGAUGGAUAGGUGAGAUAGAUGAAAAGAAAAGAAAAUGGAGGAGAGAUAGAGACGGGACAAUUUAGUGUAAUGUGAUGCAUUUCUCUUCGGUGGAGAUGCACCGCGAGCAACAAGAUCAACAGAUUGAUCCAAAACCGAUACAACACUACUGCUAUUAUGUCUAACGUCUGUGAACGAAAGACAUGACUCUUUUUUGUAGAUAGGUUACGAAGGAGAAAAAGUAAUUUAGAUUAGAUAAUUAAUACGCAACAAGGAAAAACAAAGUUAAACGGUAACAGAAAAAAAAAAACAAAACAACCAAUAUAUAGUAUUUACAUUACUUAGAAUUAACCGGGGAAUAAGUAGAGG